AUAGUUGAUAACUCAUUCUUCAAUACCACGCAGUUGUGACGAAUGAACUGCGAUUAAAAGUGUUGUUUGUUUACGCGGAGGAUGGAUUUUACGCAGAGGUGAUAUAAGUGGUGCAAGUUACGAUAUAUCUUGUUAACAUGAGCGGGAAGGAAGGCGGAAAUGCAGUUCCGUCUUCGAUUGCGGGAAGCGCAAGUGGCAGCAAUGUGACUGGUGUGACACGACGUGGUUGCUGCAAAUGGUUCAACGUGGCAAAAGGGUGGGGUUUUAUCACCCCGGACGAUGGCGGGCAGGACGUAUUUGUUCACCAGAGCGUUAUUCAAAUGCCUGGCUUCAGAUCACUCGGAGAUGAAGAAUUAGUUGAGUUUGAGUGUAAGGAGUCUGAUAAAGGUUUAGAAGCGACGCGUGUUUCUGGUCCCUCUUUAGUGGACUGUCAAGGCUCUCAUCGACGACCUUUGUCAAAAAAACGCUUUAGAAAGAUACGUUGCUACAACUGCGGUGAGUUUGCAAACCACAUAGCCGCUAAGUGCAGUAUAGGGCCACAACCAAAGAGAUGCCACAAUUGUAAGAGUGAGGAUCACCUCAUCGCUGAUUGCCCUAUAAAGGUCGAGAAGAAAAAGGACGAUUCACAGUCGAAGAAUUCAAGCAGCUCUCAAGGCAGCGCGCAGAGCAGCCCUCAGCAGCCUUAAUGCCAUCGUCUUACGCCAUUGAUCCUUCAAAUUGGUUAUUUUUAGUGCCGAAACACACUUAGCGUAUUUUGCGAGGUAAAUUUUCCGAUUUAUACGAUUUCUGCUUACGACCUCACCGGGCGUGACAUGCGUUACUAAGUCACCUGCGUCUC